GCAUUUUCCGGUUACGUUACUUCAUUUGCCACAAAAACAGUCCUGAUAGAAUCGUGCAGGCACGCUGGUGGCUAACAAAUAGACCGAGGAAUGCUGGUAAAUAAAUAUUAGAAAGCGUAUUAUCAUUUUCAAAGUUGAUUUUUUAACAUUUCAGACAUUAAAACUGGACCUACGUGAAGCCGGCGGGCUGAGGAAACCGCGAGUCAUCACUCGUUGACGCUGCCCAAAGACGAGUACCACCCGUAAACAUUAACACAUCUAAAGCUAACUGUUAGCAGACCGACACACGCCCCGGUGGACUGCUUUUAAAUAUUUACAGGCAGCUUUUUCCUUUCGUGGCACAGCACAACAGGAGAUCUCCGGUGGAGCAAAGAUAUGCAGUCUUCAGAGCAGCACUGACAGGCCUAACUCUGGUUCGACACAACCAUGGAGUCCUCCUCUGAGUCCCAGCAGGAACCUGAGAAAACUUUGCAACACGCAGAGUUGAGAGAGCAGCAUGCCACCUCCGCUGCCAUAGUGUGCGGUGAUGACACCGUCCUUCUGACACAGACCCCAAGCAGGAUGAGCCAGCGCCAGGUGAAGGAGCGGGACAAGGAGAGGGAAAGGGAGAAGGAGAAGGAAAAGGAGAAGGAAGUAGGCCUCCAAACACCCAACAGGGAGCAGCUUGCCAGCCCCUCUACCCUCAGCCCAGGAGUCAGCUACAGCCAUGGUUUCGAGAGAGGGAAGGAGGACCUCUUGCCACUGCCUUUGAAAGAGGACUCUCAUUCCAUAUCUAAGAGCAAGUCUGAAACAAAGCUGUACAAUGGUUCAGACAAGGAUGUGUCGGCGUCUGGGGGGAAGCUCACCAAAAAGGAGUCCCUCAAGGUGCAGAAGAAGAACUACAGGGAAGAAAAGAAGAGGGCAACCAAGGAGCUGCUCAGCACCAUCACUGAUCCUUCUGUCAUCGUCAUGGCCGACUGGCUAAAGAUCCGUGGCACUCUGAAAAGCUGGACCAAGCUGUGGUGUGUGCUGAAGCCAGGCGUCCUGCUUAUCUACAAAACUCACAAAAACGGGCAGUGGGUGGGAACAGUGCUGCUCAAUGCCUGCGAGCUCAUCGAGAGGCCCUCCAAGAAGGAUGGCUUCUGCUUCAAACUCUUUCACCCCCUGGAGCAGUCCAUCUGGGCUGUCAAGGGUCCUAAAGGAGAAGCAGUUGGCUCCAUCACGCAGCCGUUACCCAGCAGCCACCUCAUUUUCCGUGCUGCCUCUGAGUCUGAUGGCCGAUGCUGGAUGGAUGCCUUGGAGCUGGCCCUGAAGUGCUCCAGCCUGCUGAAGAGGACCAUGAUCCGUGAGGGGAAGGAUGACAUGAGCACUGUAGGCACUGGUGGGGAACACUCCAUUAAUUUCUACAGCCUCCUCAGAGCCCACAACAUACACGGUUUCCAGUUCAAUGACAGCGACCAUUUGAAAGACCCGGACCUGUACUCGGACAAGUCAGAUCGGGAAGGAGAGCAGGACCACGAGGAGUCAGAUCCAGAGGGGCUGGAGAAAAGUGAGGAGAGUGACAGCGACACCUCAGAGCGUCAGGAUGACUCGUACAUUGACCUGGACCCAAAUGAGCAUCUGCGUGAAACCCCAUACUUGGAACAGUCCCAGGAGGAGUUAGGAGAGGCUGGUGAAGCUGCUCAGACAGAAACCGUAUCAGAGGAGAACAAGUCUUUGAUCUGGACCCUGCUGAAGCAGGUUCGACCUGGCAUGGACCUGUCCAAGGUUGUGUUACCCACUUUUAUCCUGGAGCCAAGAUCCUUUCUGGACAAACUCUCUGAUUACUACUUCCAUGCAGACUUCCUCUCAGAGGCUGCGAUUGAAGAGAAUGCCUAUAACCGGAUGAAGAAGGUGGUAAAGUGGUACAUCUCUGGAUUUUACAAAAAGCCAAAGGGGUUGAAGAAGCCCUACAACCCCAUUAUUGGAGAGACGUUCCGCUGCAUGUGGCUCCAUCAGAAGACCAAUAGCAAGACCUUCUACAUCGCAGAACAGGUAUCUCAUCAUCCUCCAGUAUCAGCCUUUUAUGUCAGUAACAGGAAGGAUGGAUUCUGCCUCAGUGGAAGCAUCCUCGCCAAGUCCAAGUUCUAUGGAAACUCGCUGUCGGCUAUAUUGGACGGAGAGGCUCGCCUCACUUUUCUCAACCGAGGGGAGGACUAUGUGAUGAACAUGCCCUACGCUCACUGUAAAGGUAUCCUAUAUGGAACUAUGACUCUGGAGCUGGGCGGUCAUGUCACCAUUGCUUGUGAGAAAACGGGCUACAGUGCACAGCUGGAGUUCAAACUGAAGCCUUUCCUGGGCAGCAGUGACUGUGUUAAUCAAAUCUCUGGAAAGAUCAAGCUGGGAAAGGAGGUGUUAGCUACACUAGAAGGACACUGGGAUAGUGAGAUCUUCAUUAAUGAUAAGAAGACUGGGAUAGUAGACACUUUCUGGAACCCCACGACGGAGCUGAGGCAGAGCCGACUGACUCGUUGCACCGUCCCACUAGAGGAGCAGGAAGAGUUUGAGUCAGAAAGACUGUGGCAACACGUGACACGAGCCAUCAACAACAAGGACCAGACCGAAGCCACCAACGAGAAGUUCAUACUGGAGGAAGCUCAGAGGAAGUUGGCGCGUGAGCGGAAAGCCAAAUGUGAGGAGUGGAGUCCUGCCCUGUUCGAGCAGGACCCCAUCACCGGAGAGUGGCAUUACAAAUAUGCCGACACAAGGCCUUGGGAUCCACUCAAUGACCUGAUCCAGUUUGAGAAAGACGGCUGUAUCCAGACCAAGGUCCGACACCGCACCCCUAUGGUACGUUCUGGCAGUCUUAUUAGUCUGAGUAACCAGGGGCCGCGGAGGGACAAUUGCAAAUGCCAGGUAACGGUGCCAAAGAGGAAACACAAGAGUGACAAGCCCAAGAGCCCAGAGAGCGGCUGCUCCUCACCUGAACCCGACCACCAGGACUCAUCCGGCAGCGAACGACACAAAAGCAAGCAUAACAAUCGGCUGAGGAAAAAAGGAGCAGACCUCAGCGAACUUCAAAGUGCCAUUGAAUCCAUAAAGCAGACGCAGGAGGACAUUAACAGGACCAUCACCGUGCUGCGGAGUCGUGCCGCGAGUCGGGUGGAGGGCAGCUCCUUCCUGCAGCAGCGUGACUACAUCAUCAUCAUUUUUCUCAUCUUCCUUCAGGUCCUGAUCAACUACAUCUUCAAGUAGCACCCAUACCCCCAGAGACAGUGAUGUCCUCACACACACACACAAACAUGCCCUCUGAGCUUCAUGGGGGGAACUCAGACUUUGACCUCUCACAGUUAGUGACUUCUACAGUCCUCUCCAACUCUCUUCUCCUCUGUCUUUAUUAGACUCCUUUACAUGUAUCCAGAAAAGCAGACUCUUCAACACAAAGAGAGACUUUUUAAAAACGUAUUUAUUUGGAACCAGUCAUUUGGAAAAUCUGGAGAAAUCCUCAGAUUUCAAAGUGGAGAGGAGCAGCGUUAAGAAGUCAAAGACGAGAGUUUGGUGUGAUGAAAUCUUGACUGCCACCUGGAGGCAUGUUGAUUUGCCUUGAUGUAAGAGGCAGAGACAGCAGCCAUUUUUUUUUAACCUGUUGUUUGUUUGUUUUUGUUUUUCUGAUGGAGUGAAAUUACUCUAUCGGUUCACAUUUCACCUCAAACAGGUAAUCGUUUACCACACAAUCAAGGACCACAACUCAGAUCGUAACAGAGGACAAAUAGAUCUCUGAUUUUAAUGUUUUUGUUUUUAUUCCUUUGCUUCUUCACUUUGUGUAUCCUUUGUGUCUGCUCAGAGCAGAAAACUAGCGAUGAGGGAGACGGGGCUGGGGGACGGAGUCCAGUCUAUGGGACUUUUAUUUUUGUAUUCUAACAGAUGGAUAUUCCAUACGCGGAAGUGGCCGAGAGGGACAGAAAACACAAGGGACAAUUAAAGCUAUAAUUUCUGCUGUAUAAUAAAACUCCACAUUUUGCAUACAAAGUCAGUGUUUAAAAGAAAAGUCAGACAUUUGACACAAUGUCAUUGUAUACUGUAGGUAGCAUGUACAGACAGGAGCAAGGUUAGGACACUAGCCCUAUGUAUUUUGUAUUUUGUUUUAAGGCACAAAUGCACUGGAAAUGUCAGAUGUUUGUAUGAUUUAUACACUUUUUAUCUGUGGACAUGAAAAUGCUUUUACACUUCUUUCUCAUCAGCAGAAGAAAAAAAAAGAUACUUUUCUUUUGGCCGUUUCAGUGAUCACUGCCCUAGAUAUCAGGUAAAAGCAGGUGACAUGUUUUUAUCUGAGAGCUCACUGUAAGAAGCUGGAUUUGGCAAGGAAAAUGAGUCAGGCAGGCUGAAUGAUGUAGUCUCUCCUCUAAAUGGAGGAGCGCAGGAAUUAAGUUGACUUUUUUUGCUGAGAUAAGCGAUGGGAUCGGCCAGCAGCCGCUUGGCAAAAAGAGCUAGCGUGGGUAAUGGAGUCUGACCAGAAAAGCUCACUAGUCAACAUGUUUUAUCUUAUUACUUCUGCACAAGAAACAAAGUGUAUAGGAGGCCAUACAACCAGCGGGGGACCUGAGAGGUUCCCUUCUGUGGCUCAGAAUUGGUAAUAAUCCACUAGCCUUCAAAUUUGGUGAUAGUUUUUGGACUUUUUGUUACCUCUGCGAAGAACCUAUUCAGCUCUUUAGAGCCCUUCUUGGUGGUAUUUGAUUUUCUUAUCUAACGUACAGCAAAAAACAGUGAGUGGGUAUAUUUCCCAAACUGAACUUGGACUACUCCUUCAGAGAAAAUAUUAAUCUUCCAUACAUGAGCUGGCCUAAAGGUCUCUAUAUGUGAAAUACAGCCUCCAGAUCAGGCCACAGUUGAGCAAACUUGCCACUUUGUACAGCGCCUUCAUGACGAGUCCAGUUGAGAACAUCAGUCACCUCGUUCCAGUGCUUUUGAGCCCCAAAUACUAACCAGGACAACUAGAUUAGACUCUUUAGUAAGUUACUAGUAAGAGGAGGAUGUAGACUCCUAAACCGUCUUCAUAGUAAACCAUUCCAAACGUACGCAAGUACCAGCCAAGCUCAGUGUGUAGCGUAGGAGUCGAUCCUUUUCACUGUGUAAAUAUCCAACGGCAUUUCAGCACCGAGGUUUGCAAUACAGACACUCACUCUGUGCACAAACCAUUGCUUUUAACCUUGUGUGUCUGUCUGUCCACUGCUUUGUAGAUACACAGGGACGUAGGUGAAACAAAAAAGAAGUUAUUAUUGGGAUGCACAAUUAGAAUUCCCAUUUAAAAAAAAAAAAAAGAAAAGAAAAAGAAAAAAAAAGAUGACCUCGAUGCUACAGAGGUGUAGAAGUUACCUUGCGGUUCUAGUCUGUUGCCUUUGUCUUUGGACGUGUGGAUGCUGAAAUUAGUCUCAGAGAUGGUUCGUAAUGACCCCCACAUUCAUCCAGCUUUACAGUUUAAAAGGUUACAGCCCUGUGAGGACUGCGUUAGCAUUACCGCACAUAAAAACCACUCCUAGCAAUCUGUUAGCAGUAGCAGUAGUAUGGCAGUGGUGUAGUCAUACGUGAUUGAAUCGAGGAUGAAGGCAGUACAUCAGAACCCCCCUACCUGACCUUCUGACAAACAGUGUAUCAGGUGCUAGUAAGUAAAACCAGUCUAGGUCAUUCAGUAGGAUCCAGACCACUUUGUGGACCAUAGCUGAACAUUUUGUAUAUCUCUUCGCCUGUCAUGAUGUUAGCCUUGUUGAAGUUUACAUAUUUGAUUGCCUCCGCCGUCAGCAGACUGUUAAGCGAUUUAAACUUUGUAACUCCCACACAGGUAUGAAGAAGGAAUGGUAGCAUUGGCGAGAGCCAGCUAUUACCCCCCCGAGUUACCCGGCUGGCCCGUGUGCGUAUCUGUGUUUUUGUGCAUCAUCAUUGCCUCAAUCGCUCAUCUGAAAUCGAGAAUCUAGAUGUUAGAGUUUGGAGAAAUAAGUAUAUACCAGUGCCUUUUAGAGUGGGACUGUGGAGGGGGUAUUAAGUUUAGGCAGCGGAGGUAAAAGAGGAUACGCAGUGGUUUUGGGAGGGGAGGGGCACAGAUAUAGCCAGAGUAUUAAAGGGGACCUAUUCUGCUAUUUUAUAGUUACAUUUAGUAAUUAUUAAUGGAAUUAUUUCAUAAUUCCUACUUAGCAGGAAGUGAGGGACAGAGUUGUGUGUGUGAAACUGCUGGUUUUAGCUCUUGGGACUUUCCCUGAACAUCCAUUCGAUUCUGAUUGGCUACCCCUGUCAUCUACAGACUAACUUUGUGUUUGUAAACCCCGCCUCCUCCUCAAAAAAACUUGGGAGUGUUCAGAGCAGUCUCAAGUCUGAGCUGUGGACUCACGAGGAGUACACUUACGUAAACAUUGGUCGUGUUUAAAAUGAGCGUCUGUUAUUGGGAGGAGGUGUAAUAGGUCCCCUUUAAGGUGAUGUAAUGAUGAAGGGAGUGGUACAGUUGGGGUGAACUGGGACUCUGUUGUUUGAGUGGAUGUGCCAUACAAAGCCUUAGAAAUGAGUUCUGAGCUCCACAGGUCGCCACCCCACCUGGCUUCUCCUGCCUCCCCUCCUGAAGCGUUGCCAUAGAAACGCACCCUUUCAGUUUCUGGAUGCCGAUUCCUGCCACAGGAGAGAGAGAGGGAGUGAGGGAGCGAGAGCCCUCCUCUUCACUGUCGUCCUCAUCUCUCUCGCUCUGUAACGCACCAAAUUCAGAGGGAAAUAAACAUCUGUGCUGUCA